AUGAAAGAAUACGAGCAACGAAUCUUAAUGGAAAGACUUGCUAGGCAAAUGGAAUUAAGCGGAAGCGAACCAUUACAACAACAACUACAAGCAAAAUAUAGAGAACUACUAGGGGUAUCAUUAGAAAAUUUAGAUAAAAUGCAUGAUGUAGAAGACGAAGAGGAACAAAUGUUUCAAAAACAAAUACAGGCCAGAAGAAAAGGCUUAGAAUUACCAGAAAUAUUACCAUUAAAAAAUCCAUAUCAUGAAGAAUACAGACCAACAGAAAAUAAACCACGAGACGUUGAAACACUAGAAGGCAGAUGGCUAUUAGAUCACAACUUCGGACGAACAGUAGAAUGGAUAAAAGAACAAGAUGAAAACCAGUAUUCAAAAAUACCAGAACAAUCAAUAUCAAGAACCUCUACCAGACCAAGUUCACCGACGUCACCAACAUUCCUUGACAAAGCAAAAGGAAUGGUACAAG